AUGCUCCUGACUACGCUUUAUGCUAUCAAUAUUAAUGCCUUUCCACAUCGGCGUGACGACGAUCCAUUUGUAUUUGAAAAUGACGGUUUUGUUUCGUGUUCCAAUCGCAUUUCCCGAGAACUCAAUGUAUCUUAUACACCUAAGCCUUUAGUUUCGGGUGCUGUUGCUACGUUUGAAGUUGCUGGAAGACUACUUAUUGAUGCUCCAAGAAAAUUUAGUCUUCAUAUUUUCAUAAACCAAGAUACUGGCAUCCUUCAUGACUCGAGUGACGUAGUACCGGCAAGGCGACUCCUUGCUGGAGAUCCAUUUAAUUUCUAUGAAAAUUUUACGAUGCCAACUUUAUCUGAACAUUUCCAGAUUGUGGUUUCGUUAGAUACUCUCGACACAGAGUUGGCCUGUGCAAACAAGACCAUAUAA